ACAUAGAUCCUCCUCCAAGCUUCAGGACGCGGCGGGCGCCAUUUCAGGGAGCAGUCGCCUUUUGCUAAAGCGGAGUCCGUGCGUUCUUGUUGCGAAGCUUCCUUGGCUUUGCUCAUACUAAUUUUCGAGGCCAUUCUUAGUCUAGCUCUUUUGCCCGCCGCUGUUGCUGAGAGGAGAAUUUUCUCGUUUAGGCACCAGCGCACCCCUCCCCACGCGUAUCCGGACCAAAAGCAAGCAAACGACGGCCGUGGCAGUAUCCGUCCGCUUCACAGACACCUGACCCAGAAGCGAGAGCCCGGCAGCGCAGGUGUCCUGAAAAAAAUGGCUGAUGAUAUUGAUAUUGAAGCAAUGCUUGAAGCCCCCUUUAAGAAGACUUGCCUAACGAUAUCUCACCUCUACUCCCAUGAAUUCACCUUUGAUUCCAGUGUGAACUGUCAAUCAUAAGGAUGAGAACAAAUUGAGCAGUGCCAAUGGACAUGAAGAGCGAAGUAAGAAGUUGGAAACAGCCCUUCUGUGUGUGGAAGAGGCUUUCCUCUAGUGGAAGGGCUCCUUUGGAUCCAAGCCACUGGCUCCAGUGGCCAUUUGGAACAUAUCUAACAUACACAGGCAGUAGAGUGAAAAACCAGUGUCAUUAAAUGAACAAUGCAGAGACAGUUAUGAAGCUGAAUUUCCUAGAAAGGAACUUGGAGGAAAAAAAGCAAGAGCAGAAGUCGUAGUCAUGAUAGGAAGAGGAGCCGAAGCAAGGACCGCAAACGAAGCCGUGAACGUGAAAGAAAGAAAAGCAAGAGUCGAGAAAGAAAGCGCAGUAGAAGUAAAGAACGGAGACGCAGCCGUUCAAGAAGCAGAGAACGUCGAUUCAGAGGCCGUUACAGAAGUCCCUAUUCUGGUCCCAAGUUCAAUAGUGCCAUGAGAGGAAAAAUUGGAUUGCCACACAGCAUGAAAAUAAGCAGACGACGAUCUAGGAGCAAAAGUCCUUUCAGAAAAGACAAGAGUCCUGUAAGAGAGCCUAUUGAUAAUCUUACUCCAGAGGAACGGGAUGCUCGAACAGUAUUCUGUAUGCAGCUUGCUGCAAGAAUUAGGCCAAGAGACCUGGAAGAAUUUUUCUCUACUGUGGGAAAGGUCCGUGAUGUACGUAUGAUAUCAGAUAGAAACUCAAGACGUUCAAAGGGAAUUGCUUAUGUAGAAUUUGUUGAUGUUAGUUCAGUUCCUUUGGCCAUUGGAUUAACUGGACAGCGAGUGUUGGGAGUGCCAAUUAUUGUACAAGCAUCUCAGGCAGAGAAAAACAGAGCAGCAGCAAUGGCUAAUAACUUACAAAAGGGCAGUGCAGGCCCCAUGAGACUCUAUGUAGGCUCAUUACACUUCAAUAUAACUGAAGAUAUGCUUCGUGGAAUCUUUGAACCGUUUGGCCGGAUUGAAAGUAUUCAGCUAAUGAUGGAUAGUGAAACUGGGAGGUCCAAAGGAUAUGGAUUUAUUACUUUUUCAGACUCAGAAUGUGCUAAAAAGGCCUUGGAACAGCUAAAUGGAUUUGAACUGGCUGGCAGGCCAAUGAAAGUAGGUCAUGUGACUGAACGUACAGAUGCAUCCAGUGCCAGUUCAUUUUUGGACAGUGAUGAAUUGGAAAGGACUGGAAUUGAUUUGGGAACAACUGGUCGUCUUCAGUUGAUGGCAAGACUUGCUGAGGGUACUGGCUUGCAGAUUCCUCCAGCUGCCCAGCAAGCUCUGCAGAUGAGUGGAUCAUUAGCAUUUAGUGCUGUAGCAGAUUUACAGACAAGACUUUCUCAGCAAAGUGAAGUGUUGGCUGCAGCUGCUUCUGUACAACCACUUGCAACACAAUGUUUUCAGCUGUCCAAUAUGUUUAACCCUCAAACUGAAGAAGAAGCUGGCUGGGAUACAGAAAUUAAAGAUGAUGUGAUUGAAGAAUGUAACAAACAUGGAGGUGUUGUCCAUAUUUAUGUAGACAAAAAUUCAACUCAGGGCAACGUGUAUGUCAAAUGCCCUUCAAUAGCUGCAGCAAUUGCAGCUGUCAAUGCAUUACAUGGAAGGUGGUUUGCAGGUAAAAUGAUCACAGCAGCCUAUGUUCCUCUUCCAACAUACCAUAAUCUUUUCCCGGAUUCUAUGACUGCAACCCAGCUGUUGGUUCCUACUCGACGAUGAAGAUGGAUUGAGUCAGUUUUGUACAUAGCUAUUUUUGAAGGAAGACUUGAGUUACCUUUAUUUAGAUGAAACAAAAGGAAAAAGAUGUAAAGUCCUUUUGUGUACAUUUCCUGUUACCUUUAAAGAAAUAUAUAUAUAAUAAGCAGGAAUGCUGUGUUUAUUCUCUUGAUUAGCAUUCCCACUGUAAACAAAGCUGACUACUUGUUCUGCCUUGUAAUUCUUGUACAUUUAGACUUUUGGCUAAAGUAAGGUGUAGGAACAGACAUAGGUUAUAGAAAAGAUUUUUUCUGUAAAAGAUGGAGAGGACAUUUUUAAUGUUUUGCAAGCCUUUCUUUUAAUGCAGAAAUUGCAUUUUACAUUCAUUUAAAUGUAGAUGCUCUGCUAAAGGUUAAUAUCAAAUUUAACUGGACAUAUUUAGUGUGUUUUGUAUGGAUUGAAAAUUGAAGAGGCUACUGAAUGAUUUUCAGUCAUCUGAUCUGCUCAUGUAAUGUUGACAAGCUGGUAAAAUUGAGAGGAUUAGAGGUUUUUAUUUCUAGAUGGUAACUUUUGAUUGUCUCUGUAAGUUUCUUGUAAAUAAGGUGUAAGGUGUGUUUAGAAUUCCAAACAAAGCUAUCUCUGCAUUUCCAGAUUAAAGUUCCAAUGAUUGCAGGGAAUGUACUUAAUUAAAAGUUGAAGUAGGAAAUGCAGGAAUAUAUUUUGUCUGGUUGCAUAUAAUCUCUGCUCUUUUUUAAGCUCUGUGAGCUCUGAAAUAUAUUUUUGGGUUACUUCAGUGUGUUUGACAAAACAGCUUAAUAUUUCUAUCAACAAACAACUUUCAUAUUGCAACAAUCUUUGUAAGAACCACUCAAAUAAAAUUCUCUUAAAAGGC